AUGUAUGAUUUAAUUAUUUACAUAACACUGCUGCUAUUUAUUAAUGUCAGUUAUACUGUAUCGUUAAUCUGUUAUACGGUACAUUGGGAUUCGUAUUCAUCAUUUACGGAGAAAUCUCAUAAAUGCAAUGAUGGCGAAGAAUUUUGUGCAUCUUUGUACGAUCGAGGUGCUCAAAAUUGGUAUCUUCGAGCAAUACCAUUGGAUAGGAAAUGUUAUUCUACCGCUGAGUUGAGAAAUAGAAUAAACUGCAGUAUGAACGAAUUCAAAGAAGGAUGUUUCCUGGAUCCAAGAUAUAAUAGUUAUAUAAGAAGUGCGGAAAAGCUACCAGUUUGCAUUUGCAAAAACUCCUACUGCAAUACGCAGGAAAAAAUUGAAAGUGUAUGGUUGGAACAGAAUCUUUACAGAUUUCAUGAAUUUGAAGAUUGCAAUGAUAAAUUGAACAAAGAAAAGCUCACUACAAAAUCUGAAAUGUUUAGCGAUGCAACAUUAUUUGAAACAAAAACGACAAACGGAGCAUCGAAAUUAAAUGAGAAAGCAAAACCUGGUGCAGGAACGUCAAAAUUAGGUACCGAAGCUACAGAAACCACUGCAGAAACGUCACAAUCAAAUAGAGCAUUGACAACAUUGACAACAACGCAAUCCAAUACGGAAACUGAAUCAAAUGCUGAUGCAGAAUCAGACUCAACAGAAAUGACGCCUAAAAAUCUGAAAACGGGAUCAAGAAAUGAUGCAGAAUCAGGCUCAACAGAAAUGACGCCUGAAAAUCUGAAAACAGGAUCAAGUGAUGCAGAAUCAGGCUCAACAGAAAUGACGCCUGAAAAUCUGAAAACAGGAUCAAGUGAUGCAGAAUCAGGCUCAACAGAAAUGACGCCUGAAAAUCUGAAAACAGAAUCAAGAAGUGAUGCAGCAUCAGAAUUAACGGUGCUAAAUGUAGGAACGACGGAAGUAAUUCAGGAAACAACAUAA